GCCUGGGUUUGAAGGCGCUAAGACCUCAGAGCCUGCGGUGGGGUCGAGGGCGGGAAAGCCCGUGUUUUCACCUUCCUUCUAGCCGCAAAGUCCUCUUGCGUCUCUUCUGGUCCUUCUUCCAGUUCUGGUGGCCCGGGAUCCUCUGAGGGGCGUCCUAAACAACCUGAGGGGGCUUCCCGCCGCACAUCGGCCUGCGCUCCAGGCCACGCAGGCGCCCCACCCUCAGCAUGUGUUACCUAGUGCGAGGUCACCGUCGCCGUCACAGGCAACCUCAACCCCGCCCCCGCGCUGCCCCGGGCCCUUCGGCCUUCUUCCCCCGCACCUGCCCGCAAGCUCCCGGGGCCCGCAGGUGCGGAAGACCACGAAAUUCCACGCCCCGCGGAGACCCACCAGCUCCCGCCACAAGAAGGGGAGGCACGGUCGGGCAGAGCUCCUGGGCAGAUGUGCCAGACUGCUUGUUAAGGCAAGAAGCAUGGAGGUAAUUCACGGCAAGCCCUACUGUUGCAGGGAGCUUGAAGGAGCUGACAUCCUGUCAGACACCUUCUACUCUAACGCGCUGCACACCCCACUCGAAACAACCAUCCGCCCAACCGCUUCAGAAGACAGGUAUCAGGAGCUGAGGGAGUCCCUGCCGCAGUGCAGGAUUCCCUGGGGUGCCGAGAGGGAAUAUGGUAGCCUUAUUCCAGUUGCCCUUCCUGAAGAACACAGGCCAAAAUGUGAGCCUCCCCGUGUCAUGGGCAAAGGACAUCAGCAUUAUGGAUUUGGUGGAGAGAUCUGGCCAAAAAAGCUUCCUAUUGAGCAGUUCUACCAUUUGACACAGAACAAGAAAAGCGAUGUCUACGGAAAUGACUCCUUGUUACCUAAACCACUUAAUUCAACUGUGGGAGAAAUAUGUUCAUCAUAUCCAGUUGAACAUCCCUACCACACACACAUAAGCCGUGGUGCCAUGUUUCCGACCUUCACAUCACCUAAGGACCUCUACACCGGUGUUAAAGCUCGCGCUCAGCAGCCUUUUCCUCCUACAGUGCCAACCAAGGCCUAUGACACACUGGUUUUGAAGACAAAAGGUAACCCCUACAGAUGUGAACUGCUCGAUAUCCCCACGGAUUCAAAGAAAAAAGCACUGUCUUGGCCAGGUCAGGGUGUAUAUUAUGAUUUCCCUAAAUGUGUGGAGAAAAACAAGCCAGUAUUCUACCCUAAGCCUCCUAAAACCUUUGCUCCUAACCCGUCCUUGAGUCCAUGGGGUGCUGUAGACUCUGCUAAAGAAGCCAAUAUACAAAGAAACCUUGAGAGGUCCCAUUGGAUCACUUCUUACAAUCACGACUUCACAGGUCUAGGGCCCAUGAGCCCCCUUGAGCUGGAUGAUUACCAUGCAAAGGAGGUAGCAGAGCUAACUGGACAGAUAGGAUUUGACCCACAGCCUCAAGAAAAAUUCCAUCCUGCCUUAAAACCUUCCAGACCUUUGGAAGGUCGAAUUGCCCGGCUUAUGCAGAACCAAAGACCUUUGGAAGCUACAGUGGAGCAAGGACCACCUUCCUGUCCAGAUUGUACCCCUAGAGUUUUGUGUGCUUUUCAUACAUUCAUCCCAAGUUCGAUAGAAACGAUGGCCAUGAAUGAUAACCUCCUGCCUGGGAUGACCCAUAAAAACCAGGAUAUUGAAGAUAAGAUUAAGGAAGAACAAGGCUUGAUGUCUCCCUAUCCACUCUCAACUUGUUAUCCAACAAAAGAUAUGACUAACCUUUAUGACCUUAAAACAUUUCCAAAGAUCACGGACACUAAAAAGACAGAUGAUUUAUACUGGAGACAGAUGGCGUUAAAACCCCUACCCAUAUCCUACUCUAAGUCAAACCAUUACAUUGACUAUGAGCCACUUAGGUCAGGCUUCCACGACCCAUUCACUAUGUGUCGAAACCCUGCCCGCAUCAGUAAGUCUAAUAUUCUACAGAACAAAAUAGAUAUGGAUGAUUUGAAUUAUGACACCACCUUAUGUAAGCCAGAAUUUUGGAGCAUGGACAUGGACAUGGAAAACAAUGAAGAAACAAGACCUAUAUUGGAGUGGAUUCCUAGAGCUGGAGUGCCCAAGCCUCAGACUAACCUUCUAGAUCUUAGGAAUUCAUUUUCAAAGUCCAUGGCACAGAAGUGUUUCCAUGACUCCAUCCAAGAUGAACAAAGAGACCUCAGGGAUAAAGUGCAGUGUGGGAAGAGACAUCAGUUCUAUGGCUACAAUUCACAUUAUUUAUAUAAUUGAGACAUUCCCUCUUCCAUUCAAAACCCAGCCUCUUGCAAGAAAAUAAAAUAUGUCACAGAGCGCCCUGCAUUUCGCUGGAUUCUGUUUCUGUAUUAAGCCAUAAUGACAUUUGUGUUUUUAAAAUUUUAGUUAGGAUCUGGUCAGAGGGACCAAAAUAAUGUCCUCACUUCUUAAAACAUUUUAACAGUUUGUCAACAAAAUAUCAACCAGGAAAAAAAAUUAGCCUUUAAUCUCAUCUUCAAGAUACACUCGGAAGUUUUCCAAAAUCACGAAAAUCAAUGUGUAGACAAAAUUUGCAUCAUCAUUUUGCAAGAAAUGAAAAGUUGAAAAAGAAUUCACAUAUUGAAGAUCUGACAGACAACUAUAGAAUGUAUCAUGCUUUAAUAAAACUAGCAUGUUAACAAUCUC